UUGAUUUUUCAGCUAUUUUGUUUGCUGUCGAAACCCGAUCAUUAUUUCGAAGAUAAUUUUAUUGAUCACCCAAUCACUGCUUCAUAUUUGCGACGCAAAUUUGCUCCUCAAACUGUUGCGCUGCAUUCUGAAGAGCUGGCUUCAUUACUUAAGGCUGAUCACUUGUGCCUGCAAAAUGCAAAUGCGAAUCGAAGUAUUAUAUGUGUAUCAUUAUGCGGUAAGGUUUGUUGGAUGAAUGAUGCGGAACCUGUAGAUUUGCGUGCUUUGUUAGACGAAGGUUUUGAUGAAAAUGAAAAUCUCGAAGUUGUCACAUCGGAUUGUGCUAAACGAAAUGAUAGUGAUGAUAUCAGUUUUCUUGUCACCUGUUGGGUAUUGUUUGAUCAUUUGUGGUUGCCGAAGCGCUACUUUGCUGUGAUAUUCAAAGCUAUUGACAAUCAAAGAUUUGUUUUAUGCCAUAAACUAGAACUUGACAAUGUACCUUCAUUUACUCGAGUGACAGCUGAAGCAGCUAUCGCUGAUAACCGUCACUGCUGGCUUAUAUUUACUGCUUCACGUGCUGCUCGUUUAUUUGUCGUGCAGCCCGUAUCGCUUGCAGUUGAAGAAAUUGAGUCAGUUGGAGAUAUUUAUCCCGGUCUUGAUCUCGGGGACUUACCCGGCUCUGCAAUAAGGUCAAAUUGCCUUCAAACGCCAUCAUAUCGAUGGUCUGUGUUAGGUUUUGAUACUGGAUAUGUAAUUGCUACGGCACUGUCAAUGAAGACGAACUUUAUAAAAGACAGGAGUAAGUUGAAAUUUUCUGGAGCUGUAUCAGUUUUAUUUAUUUUGGAACAUGCUGGAAGAGAAGAUAAAAUUUCUGUAUUAGUAUCAUCUACGCUUGGACCGGCAACUAUUUGGACACUGUCUCAAAUCUCUGAUGAAAGUCAUUUCAACUGGGAAAUGAUAAGUGUGCUAGAAGAUAGCUGUGGUCAUGAUGCUAUUGUCUGCUUUGCUGCAAAUGAUGAACUGGUUGCCAUUGGAACAUACAGGGGUGACAUUUUAAUGUACGAACGCAUUGAUCUCGUGUCUGGCGAGCCUAGCAUAACUUCACGUUCAAUUAACCAUCUGCAUGUGCCAGUGAUAUCAUUAACUUUUUUAAAAUCUGAUACCUUGGCUGUUUUGACUACUAAAGGUUUACAUCUGUUAGAAAAUGUAUCAGACGACAAGCCUGUCUUUGCGCUAUAA